GUCUUCUAACUAUAGAGUGCAUAUCCAUGCUAUCAGUGAAUGGGUCUUAGUCAAUCGUGGUUGGGUCCCCAAUCAUCUGAGAGAUGCGACGAAACGCUCAGCCGAGGCUCAACCGACAGGAGAGAUACAACUCGACGCCAUUGUGCGGAAGGGUGACCAGGGCAAUGCGUUCGUCAAAAACGAUCCGCAACGCAACCAGUGGUUCUACCGAGAUGUGUUCGCAAUGGCCAAGCACACGGGAGCACAGCCGUACAUCUUCGAUGCAACGGAGGGUAGGUAUAACCAUUCACCAGACAUUGGUGUUACGGAUGAUCUCAAUCUGUAG